ACAGAAAUUAAUCUACUUCGAUGUAAUUCUUUAUUUUUCACCUAAUUCUCAACGACCAAACUAAUUCCAUAUCAAUUGCUCAGCCACAAACGUCGUCGUUCCACUUUCUUCCACAACCCAACCCAAAGCGCGCACACACUCCUGGGGGGCAAAGGUUUCUUAUCUUAUCGUACCAUGAGUACAUUCGGUGGAUUUACUUGAGCCUGAGAAUCAGCAAAAAGAGCGUAGGGAAAAAAGUUCGCUCUAAAACAACAAAACUAGAGCGGCUAUCAUUUAAUCAUCGACAUCCAUACGGUUCCAAGUUUGUGGUAGAAUUUCGAACGCCAGUAAACAUUCAGUGGCAGUAAAGACCGGCUGCUGUUUGACUCAGCCAGAAGCAGAUUAGUAGAGGAUGGAACUGAACGAUACUAGUGGUGGUUACCUCCAGCAGCGAUGGGAUGCAUUUUUGGACGUAGUUGGCGAUGAACCGGAACGGUUGUACGUAUGGGGGCUCUCCCUUUACAUUCACACCCUUUACUGGGUGCUCGGAUCAUUCUUCGUCUUUAUGGACGUUUUCCAGUGGCCAUCAGUGUUUAGAAAAUUUAAAAAUCAACCAGGCCUUAAUGAACCUCUCAAGUGGACCGAUCUGAAGAAGGUAAGAAAGCGAUCGAGAGGAGUAUUCGCGACUCGGCGAGAAAGUGCGAUCUCACUGCUGAUCUCUCUCUCUCUCUCUCGGUUCUUACAGAUCAUUCGCACCGUACUGAUCAAUCAGCUGCUGCUCAGCGUACCGAUAACGCUGUUCGGGUUCCGUACUCUGCUGGCCAGCGGUGCAGUAGUAAACGUGCGCGUCCUACCGUCCCUGUUCGAGGUGGUGCGUGAUCUGCUGAUCAGUGCCGUCGGUUGGGAGCUCGGGUUUUACUACAGCCACCGUUUGCUACACUCCAAGCAUCUGUACAAGCUGAUACACAAGCAGCACCACGAGUUCACUGCACCGGUGGCCUGGGCCGCCAUCUACGCCCAUCCGAUCGAGCAUAUCUUCAGCAAUCUGCUACCGCCGCUGAUCGGCAUACAGCUGAUGCGCAGUCACGUACUAACGUCGGCCCUGUGGCUAACGUUUGUCAUACAGGACACCAUCACCGGACACUCCGGGUAUCACGUGCCAUUCCUGAGCAGCAACGAAGCGCACGACUACCAUCACAUGAAAUUUAACCAGUGUUACGGUGUGUUCGGUUGGCUCGACUGGCUACACGGUUCCGAUGCACAGUUCCGUGCGUCACGAUACUAUCAGCGGCACCAGAUGUUGCUCGGUGCCCAAUCCGCCCGCGAGCUGGUCCCGGACGACAAGAAAAAGCAGCACAAAAAGUGAAGUGUGUACAGUAAACGGUUAUAAAUAAAAAAAAGGCAAAACUAGUCUGGUAUACAGUACAAUAGAAA